AUGGAAAGUUGUAAUCCGGCUUCGACGCCAAUGGAACCAGGAACAAGUUUGUCGAAAUUUGAUGGAGGAAAACAUGUCGAAGCAGGCAAAUAUCAAAGUUUGGUAGGAAGUCUUCGCUAUCUCACAUGUACAAGACCAGAUAUCUCAUUAAGUGUAGGCAUUGUAAGUCGAUUCAUGGAGGAGCCAGUUUACACACAUUGGAAAGCAUUGAAGCGAAUUCAGAGGUACAUCCAAGGAACAGUGUCACUUGGGAUGUUCUACUCUAAUUCAUACAAAUACAAGUUGGUUGGUUACUCUGACAGUGAUUGGUGCGGAGACAUAGACGAUCGAAAAAGCACUUUUGGAUAUGUGUUCUUCAUGGAAAAUACUGCAUUCACUUGGCUUUCUAAAAAGCAGCCAAUAGUAACACUUUUGACAUGUGAAGCAGAAUAUGUAGCAGCAUCCUGGUGCGUUUGUCAUGCAAUAUAG